AUGGUAGCUAACCUACAAGAGACAGAUGUGCCUUUCACCCUCUUAUUGCCCGCAGUGGUAAUCUUCCACCUAGUGGUUGCUCCAUACACAAAAGUUGAAGAGUCUUUCAACAUCCAAGCUGCGCAUGACAUCUUGGUCUAUGGAACUCCCACCUCCAAUAUCAACCAGAAGCUGUCUACAAGCUAUGACCACUUCUCCUUUCCCGGCGCAGUGCCGAGGACCUUCAUCGGCCCUGUUCUCCUGGCCGGAGUCAGCCAGCCCCUUGUUGCGCUCGUCGGCUUCGAUCAUGCCCAGCUCGUUGUGCGCGCUGUCCUGGGCCUCUUCAAUGCCUUUGCCCUCGUCUUCUUCAAGUCCCAGGUUGCAGGAGCAUGGGGCCCCAGCGCGGCGAGGUGGUAUGCUAUGCUUCAGGCAAGCCAGUUCCACGUCAUGUUCUAUGCUUCGAGGACACUCCCGAAUAUGUUUGCAUUCGGUUUGACAACCAUUGCUUUCGGUCUACUCCUGCCUAGCACCAAUGUGCAAAGGUCCAACGCACGAGUCCGUCUCGCGGUGGCAUUGUUUGUUUUCUCUGCCGUCAUCUUCCGGUCUGAAAUUGCCAUCCUCCUGGCCACAAACGCUCUCUACCUCCUGAUCAUACCCCUGAUCUCCCUGGAUAGACUCAUCCCAGCAUUCCUCGUGGCUUUCAUCGCAUCAAUAUGUAUCUCUGUGCCAGUCGACUCCUACUUCUGGCAGAAGCCCAUCUGGCCCGAGCUCUGGGGCUUCUACUACAACGUCGUUCAAGGUUCCUCCUCGAACUGGGGCACCUCACCGUGGUACUAUUACUUCGUCUCUGCGCUGCCGCGUCUACUACUCAACCCCCUAGCCCCCAUCCUCAUCGCCAUCCCACUUCGCUCCCCUGUCUACUCUCGACUAGCAAACAGGUUCGUCAUCCCCAACCUGCUCUUCGUCGCCAUCUACUCCCUCCAGCCACACAAGGAGGCCCGCUUCAUCUUCUACGUCGUCCCGCCCCUAACUGCCGUUGCCGGGCUCGGCGCAUCCAUCAUCACCACGCGCCACACGAAGUCCGCCAGCCCGCUAUGGACCCUCGCCUCCUGGGCCGUCGUGGCGUCCAUCCCGCUCUCGCAGGCCAUCAGCGCCGCCAUGCUCCUGCUCUCGUCGCUCAACUACCCCGGCGGCGAGGCCCUCGCCGCGCUGCAGGCCGUCGUGCGCGCCGACGAGCACCUCCCCGCGGCCGCGGGCGCCGUCGUCCCCGUGCACGCCGACGUGCUGGCCUGCAUGACGGGCGUGACGCUCUUCGGCGCGGCGGCGGCGGCGGGCGGCUCGCGCUUCCCCAGCCGCAAGGUCACGAUGGACAGCGGCGACGGCAUGGUGGUCGGGCGGAUCGCGGGGGGCGGCGACGCCGCGGCGCUGGUGCUGGUGCUGGACAAGACGGAGGACGAGGCCACGCUCGGGGACCCCCGCUUCUGGACGCGCUUCGACUACCUGCUCGUCGAGGACGCGGGCAAGGUCGUCGGCGGGCAGUGGGACACGGUUGCUGUGGUGGAUGGCUUUGCUGGCGUGGAGGUCCUGCGGCCUGGAGCCGAGCGGGCGAGCUCGUCUGGGGAAGAACGUGUCAGGAGGGUGGGCAAGGGCGCCAUUCUUGCAAGCUGGAGGGAUGCCGUUCGCAGAUACACGGGAGGAUACUGGGCCGGUCCGAGGCUGGAGCCGAAGAUCAGGAUCCUCAAGCGUGUGAAGGACUCGGAGAGGAGCACGGAGGUGACGUCUUGA